AUGAAAAACAAAAAUGUUGAUAAUGGGAACGAGUUUUCUCCUCCGGUGUUGAACCUGAGUGAUUGUUUGCCGGAGCUUGUCAAAUUCACUCUCACUUCUCACUCUCACCUUCUCAAUCUCCAAUCCAAUUUCUGCUCCACUCUCCUCAAACAAGACAAUGCUUCUUCUUUGGAAUCUUCUUUGGAAGGAGUUCCACCAUAUCCUUUAUACAACCGUCUUGCUUCAUCUCUUUUAAGGUGUAUGGAUUCUCAAGCAUUUUGUAGUACAAGCUGCAAUUUUGAAAUGAUGAACAGUGAUUUUGAUAAUUCUUCCAUGCAGCAAAAACACAAUCAAUGGCACAAUUUGAUUCUCGACAAAGGGUCUGAAAUAGUGAAUAUUUUGAAGAGUGUUUCCUUUCAACUAAAUGUUCAAGAGCCUUUUUUUACGCAACUAAAAGAUGGCCUGAAAACAGUUGAGGGGAGGUGUGCCACUGCCAAAUACAACAGGAUUGAAUUAGGAAAUAUGAUUCUCUUAAACAACUCUUUGGUGUUUGAAGUUCAGGGAGUAAGGAGGUAUCCUUCAUUCUUUUACAUGUUGGAGACAGAAGGCCUUGGAAAAGUUCUUCCAGGAGUUGAAAGUGUUGAAGAAGGUGUGAAGAUCUAUCGAAGGUUUUACACAGAAGAGAUGGAACAAACAAAUGGCGUUCUUGCAAUCAGUGUUUCAAAACAUUCUGUUCAACCAUGCACUUCAUUGGCUAGCUUAUUUUCUGAAUUAAGCUAUGGGGGUGUACAAGGUCUUCUUGGUCUAAUGCAUACCACUGGGACGGUUCCUAAUGCACUUCCGCCACCAAGACCGGCUCUGUUAGCAUCGUUUAAUUUCCCAUGUAAUCCAAACGAAAAGUCCUUGACUCAUGGAGCUCGGGCAUUGGCCAAGCAUGCCUGUAGAAGUAGCAGUGGUUAUUGGGGUUCUUUGGUUGGGAAUGAUUCUAAUAAAAAUAGGCUCGCGAUGGAUGUUAUUAACAACUUAAUAGCACAUUGCAGUUGGAUGAAUAUACACAUUGUCCCACCACACGGAGCUGUCUUUGAAAUAAGAGUUGCUGAUGGAUACGGUGCUCGUUGGAAUGAAGAUGGAAGUAAGUUUAUUGGAUUUUUAGAACCAUACAUGCAAGAUGGUCAUUCAAAAGGAUGGAAGCAUUAG